AUGCUGCCGUACCUGUUCCCCGAUCUGUCCACCUUUACUACAGUCGCCGAUCUUAUCACCCACCUUCGCACUAGUGAUGCUCGCCUGCGUGCCGCCCUUCCCACCGAGUUCUGCGCUAAGAACCCCCCUCCACUGUACUGGACACUCCACUUCAUAGUCACCCGUCUCCCUGACACCCUCCGCUCAGUUCGAGACCACUUCCUUGCUCGCUGUCCCACUGAGCUCACAGUCGCCCUCCUAGAGGAGCACCUGCUCGCGGCCGAAAAGAGCAUUGUAGCUGUCGGUGCUGCUCGUGGCGCUCCUCGCACCCCCAUCUUUGAGGGGUGUUCUCCCUCUCCCCUCGCUCCCUCCUACGCUGCUGCUGCUGCUGUUGACUUCCUUGGUGCUGAGUCUGUUGGCGCUGCUUCUACUCCUGGUGGGAGGCGCCGCACCGGCAAGGGCAAGGGGGGCAAGGGUGGUGGUGGUGGCGCUGGGGGGGGAGGAGGUGGGGGAGGUGGGGGGGGAGGCGGUGCUGGAGGGAGCGGUGGCGGGAGCGCUGGUGGGAGUGGGGUCGGUGGUGGAGACGGGGGCGGCGGAGGGACCAGUGGCAGUAGUGGCGGCGGCGGCGGUGGCGGCGGUGGCGGUGGUGGCGGUGGCGGUGGUGGCGGUGGCGGUCGGAGCGGUGGUAGUGGUGGCGGCGGAGGUCGGAGUGGAGGCACUGGCUCUGGCCAGAGCUCCCAGCAGCAGCAGCGUCCCCAGACGACCCAGCAGCUUCGUGAGUGGCUUGCUCAGCGUGGGACGUCGGGGGCCAGUGCCCGCUGUUCUUAUGUCAUUCGCACAGGUGACCGCAAGGGACAGACGUGUGGGAGGUUCCACACCCCGUACCGCUGCUUCUCCCGCCUUGACGACGCUUGGCGUGAGGAGAUGGGUGCGGAUGUUGAGCGCCCCCGCUGGGCUGAGCUCAUGAGGGCUGGUGUUGAUGUCUUUGCUCUUGACUAUGAUGCUAUUAUUGCUGCCAUUGCUGUCCCGACUGGUUUCGAGUCUGCUCUCUCAGGUACAGCACCCACAGAGACUGCUCUCUCAGGUACCGCACCGGCUGAGGCCUGUCACACCUUCACCCUUGACUCAGUCCUUGCCCAGUCCACCACUGUCCUCCCUUGUCCGGCGGUUCCGUCUGGCUCGUUGUCGGGUUUCCACCUCCCCUCGUUCUCGACGAACCUGGUGAGCAACGCUGUCCUCCAGGAUCAGUGGGUUGACACCUUUACCCCUGGCGGACAGCGUGUGGCGAUCUGCACGUGCUCCAGGACUGGCCGUCACCUGGCUACGUUCACCCGUCGGCCGGGGUCGAGUCUCUACACACUGACCACUGCGUCUCCCCAGGUAGCUGCUGUCGGUCAGGUGUCUGCGUCAGGUCUGGUGGCCCACGCCUGUGAGUGUCGUUCCCUGUCGCACCAGACUCUUCUCUGGCACCACCGCCUGGGUCACCCCUCCUUGCCACGCCUUCGUGGCAUGCACCGUCGCCUCCUUGUGUCCGGUCUUCCCAGGUCCCUCCCUCCCCUCCCUGCCUCGCCUGCGCCGCCCUGCCUUCCUUGCGUCGAGGGGCGGCAGCGCGCCGCUCCUCACUCCUCCUCGUUCCCCCCGACAGAGGCUCCUCUGGAGACCCUCCACCUGGACGUGUGGGGCCCAGCCCGCGUUCGUGGUCAGGGCGGUGAGCGGUAUUUUUUGCUGGUUGUCGACGACUACUCGCGUUACACCACGGUCUUCCCCUUGCGCACCAAGGGUGAGGUCCCUGCUGUUCUGAUCCCUUGGAUCCGCACGGUUCGUCUCCAGCUCCGCCGCCGUUUCCGGACGGAUCUUCCUGUCCUGCGUCUGCACUCUGACAGAGGUGGUGAGUUUUCCUCCGAUCUCUUGAGGACCUUCUGUCAGGCGGAGGGCAUCGAGCAGACCUUCACGCUUCCGGACUCCCCACAGCAGAAUGGGGUUGCUGAGCGCCGCAUUGGCCUGGUCAUGGAGGUCGCUCGUACCUCCUUGGUCCACGCGGCGGCUCCCCAUUUUCUGUGGCCGUUUGCUGUCCGGUACGCCGCGCAUCAGCUCAACCUCUGGCCCCGUGUCUCCUUGCCGGAGACGUCGCCCACACUGCGUUGGACGGGGGAGGUUGGCGAUGCGUCGCGCUUCCGGGUGUGGGGUGCUCGUGCCCUUGUCCGCGAUACGUCCGCGGACAAGCUCUCCUCCCGCACGCUUCCCUGUGUCUUCCUUGGCUUUGUCCCUGACGCGCCUGGCUGGCAGUUUUACCACCCCACCUCGCGCCGGGUCUUCGCCUCUCAGGAUGUCACCUUUGACGAGUCGGUCCCUUUUUACCGUCUCUUCCCCUACCGCACUGCCCCCCUCCCUCCCCCGCCGCUUUUCCUUGCUCCUGGUCCCCCUCCGGUAGACCCCCUUCCCCCUCAGGGUCCUGCUCCUUCAGGUGUCUCUCAGGUAGACCCUCCUCCCGUCGCUGAGCCUGUCGAGGUCACAGGUGACUCAGGUGCUGCUGCGGGUGGUGCUGCUGGGAGUGCUGAGCCUGGGGGUGCUGAGCCUAGGGGUGCUGAGCCUGGGGGUGCUGGGCCUGGGGGUGCUGGGACUGCAGGUGCUGGAGCUGAGGGUACUGUGCCUGAGAGUUUGCCGCCUGGGGGUGCUGAGCCUGGGGGUGCUGUGUCUGGGGGUGCUGAGCCUGCGGGUACUGAGCCUGCGGGUACUGAGCCUGGGGGUGCUGCUACUGAGCCUACGGAGCCUCGGGUUACUGCGUCUGGGGGUGCUCCGGUUCGGGGUGCUGAGCAGUCUCUCACACCGCAGCAGCUUCGCGACUGGUACGUCCGACGCUUUCGCCGUCCUAGUGGCUCGGCUGGAGUUUGGGGUGCUGGAGCUGCUCGUCCUGGGGGUGCUCGUACUGGGGGUACUGGAGCUGCCGGGACUGGCUGUUCUGGGAGCACUGUGACUGGAGCUGCUGGAGCUGGGGACUCUGGCGCUGGCGGUGCUAGCGGAGUUGGAGCUGCCGACUCUGGGGGUGGCGCUGCUGCUGGUGCUGAGGAGUCGGACGGUGGAGCUGCUGCUGGAGCUGGGGACCCGGCCGGUGGAGCUGCUGCUGGUGCUGUGGACCCGGACGCUGGAGCUCCUACUGGUGCUGAGGACCCGGCCGCUGGAGUCCCGUCUGCUUCUGGAGACGCUGCGCGGCCGCGACCGUACUUCGUACCGCUCCUUCAGCAGGUUCUUGGGCAGGCUCCUCCUCCUUGUCCUCCUCCCUCCGUAGAGUGUCCUCCGCCUGUCCAGCCGCAGUCACAGUUACCGCCUGCCUCGCCUCUCCCUGCUCCCUCUCCUUAUACUGGUCCCACAGGAGGUCUUACAGAGCGUCGUGAGCCUGAGUCUCGUCCUGCGUCGCCUGUUCGUCCUGCUCGCACUGGUAGUCGUGUCCGUCGUGAGCGUCCUCCUCCUGUCCCAGGCACUCACUACAUGACUCUGCGUCCCUCUACUGCUCCUCGGCGUGUCCCUCUACCGUCUCCUCCUGCGUCCUCUUUGCCUACCGUUCCGGACCCUGAGUCUGACCGGUAUCGCGCUGAGCACCCUACAGUCACGCGUCUCCUUGCUACUGUUGUCACUGACCCCACCUUUGAGUCCUCGGCUGCGUCUGCUCUUGUCGCUGAGUUGGUUGACUUUGCUGCUGCCUGUCGUCUAGACUACGCUGCUAGCCUUGUUGCUGAGUCAGAGUCUGCGUCUGUCUGUCCUCCGUCCGUCGGGGGUGAGUGUGCUCUUAGCACGGACGUCCUUGAGGACAGGCAGGAGGACUUUGACUCUCUUGCGGCUGCUGUACCUCAUCUCGUGGCCUGGUUGCUUGCCCCUGAGGGAGACCCGGAUGCACUAGACAUCCCCACUCCGCGCACUUACGCAGAGGCGAUCUCGGGUCCCUACUCCUCUCAGUGGCAGACAGCCAUGGACGCAGAGAUGGCAUCCUGGAAGUCCACAGGCACCUACGUCGACGAGGUUCCCCCUCCUGGGGCGAACAUCGUCGAUGGCAUGUGGAUUUUCAGGGUGAAGCGGCCGCCAGGUUCUCCGCCUGUCUUCAAGGCUCGUUACGUUGCUAGAGGCUUCAGUCAGCGUCAGGGGGUCGACUUCUUCCAGACCUUCUCCCCCACCCCGAAGAUGACCACUCUUCGGGUUCUGCUGCACGUUGCUGCUCAGCGUGACUACGAGCUUCACUCUCUUGACUUCAGCACAGCGUUCCUGCAGGGCAGCCUGCACGAGGAGAUCUGGCUGCGCCGCCCACCUGGCUUUACUGGGUCGUUUCCCCCUGGUACCCAGUGGAGUCUCCGCCGGCCAGUCUACGGUCUCCGCCAGGCGCCACGUGAGUGGCACGACACACUGAGGACUACUCUUGCGGCUCUUGGGUUCGCGCCGUCUACUGCUGACCCGUCGCUGUUUCUGCGCACAGACACGUCGCUGCCGCCGUUCUACAUUCUCGUGUACGUCGACGACUUGGUCUUUGCUACUGCUGACACUGAGGCACUCGCUCGUGUGAAGUCGGAGCUGCAGAAGAGACACACCUGCACUGACCUGGGUGAACUGCGUAGCUACCUUGGCUUGCAGAUCACCCGGGACAGAGCUCGCCGCACCAUCACCCUGACUCAGUCACACAUGGUGCAGCAGGUCCUUCAGCGCUUCGGCUUCCAGUUCUCCUCACCACAGGCCACACCUCUGGCUACCAGCCACUCGCUCUCAGCUCCACCUUCGGACGAGUCCGUAGAGCCGAGUGGCCCGUACCCAGAGCUUGUAGGCUGCCUCAUGUACUUGAUGACUUGCACGCGACCUGACCUCGCGUACCCUCUUAGCAUCCUUGCUCGUUACGUUGCGCCUGGGAGACACAGGCGAGAGCACUGGGAGGCUGCUAAGAGGGUGCUGCGUUACCUGUGCAGUACAUCAGGCAUGGGGCUGGUGCUUGGAGGACGCGACAGAGUUGUCCUCACUGGUCACUCGGACGCCUCUUGGGUGGACGACCUGGCUACGCAGCGGUCGUCACAGGGUUACACCUUCAGCCUUGGCUCAGGUUCUGUCUCGUGGCGGUCCACCCGCUCUUCCUCUGUUCUCGGCUCUAGUUGUGAGGCUGAGAUCUACGCCACAGCCAUGGCUGCACAGGAGUUACGCUGGCUCACCUACCUGCUGACUGACUUGGGAGAGCGGCCUAGUUCUCCUCCAGUUCUGUACGGUGACAACAAGGCGGCUCUUGCCUUGUGUCAGGAGCACAGACUGGAGCACAGGACGAAGCACAUUGCUCUUCGCUACUUUCUUGCUCGAGAGCUUCAGCAGCGCGGUCAGCUUCGACUUGUGUACGUGGACUCGAAGGCCAACACCGCUGAUAUCUUCACCAAGGCGCUCCCGCCUAGUGAUCAUCAGCGGCACUGUACUUCUUUAGGCCUUGUGUCCACGUUUCCUCACUUGCUCACUGCUUGA